GAAUGCUCUGCCUCAGUGGGAGGAGCCAGACACAGAGGGGAUUAUGGGUCUUGACAUAGCAGAAAGGCACUGUCUUGCUGACAGCACUACCUGACAGGACAGACCAGCUCACAGAGAGUGAGAGAGCGUGUGAGAGAGAGAGGGAGAGAAUAACUAGGUUCACUGGCGGAGAGUUCGUCCAUUUUUAUCCACCAAAGCUUGGUCAUCUAACUAAGAGACACUUGCGUAAAAUAUGUUAUUGAUUAAUCCAUGUAAAUUGUCUCCCGUUGCAUUCCACCUGUGUGUGAAGAGGAUUUCCCAAAUCCCCCAGGACCAACAUUGACUAAGUAAAACAACAAUAAGAGAAAUAACUACUACUACAAUUAGGUUAGUCUCUGAGUGUUAGGAACGUCUAGGUACUGUGUCUUACCUUCUGGGGCAGCACACAUAAUCCAUCAGAUAUGUUUCAGAACCAGAGAAAAAGCAUCAGAGCUGUGAGGAGUAACAGGACAGCCACUAAAGAGAACGAGAUAUGGGACAAUGCUCAGCACACCAUAGCUCUGAGGUGUGGAGACCAGAAGGACAGAUUAAAGGAGGAGAUCAUCAAGAAGAACAUUGAAGAGAACCAGCUGAGGUCUGGUGGAGAGGAGGUGGAGGAGGUUGAGCAGGAGAAGCCGAUGAGACACAGUGUGUUUGAGAAAGCGGUCUACAACCUGGCACACACUGAAAAAAUUAUGAAUGAUCUGACAUUUGGAAGAAGGAUAUCCUUCUACGAGCUGAAAGGGGAGAUCGGCUUUGGAAACUUCUCCCAGGUCAAACUGGGCAUCCAUGACUUGACCAAAGAGAGAGUGGCAGUUAAGAUACUAGAUAAAGUCAAACUGGACAAGAGAUCCCACACGUUGUUUGCCUCAGAAAUAGGCUGCAUGGAAAGGCUGUCUCACCCGAACAUAGUGUAUCUGUAUGAGGUGAUUGAGACGUUUAAACGCCUGUACCUGGUGAUGGAGUAUGCUGGCGGAGGAGACCUGUUCUCUCGCAUUGCCACCAGGGGGAGACUCUCGGACCUGGAGAGUAAACUCAUCUUUGCCCAGAUACUGGCAGCAGUUCAACACAUGCACGACAACAAUAUAGUGCACAGGGACCUAAAGGCUGAGAAUGUGUUCUGCACAACGGCCUACUGCAUCAAGGUGGGCGACUUCGGCUUCAGCACCUGCUUGCGACCCGGCAACUUCCUCACCACCUUCUGCGGCUCCCCUCCGUACGCUGCCCCGGAGCUCUUCAAGGACAAGGGCUACCUGGGUCAGUCAGCUGACAUUUGGGCCCUGGGUGUAUUACUGUACUUCAUGACCACCGCCAUGCUGCCUUUCAACGCUGCCAACCUCAGUAAGCUGAAGGCUUGCAUCCUGCUGGGCUCCUACACCAUCCCAGCCUACGUGUCGGAACCCUGCCACCGCGUCAUCCAGGGAAUCUUGAGGCCUGUGCCUGCGGACCGUCUCAGCCUGACCCAUAUUAUGACCUCCGCUUGGCUUAAAGGUGUUGAAUAUCCCCAGGUUUACCCCUCCACCCGUCUGACCCCAGCCCUCCUGGCCGAGCCUUCACGGGUACUGGGGUCUGACGAGCUGAGUGUGAAGACAGCCCUGGAGGACCUGGGCAUUACAGAGAGCCACUUAGUGAACAACGCCGGUCAGGACCUGAGGAGCCCUGUGACAGGCACCUAUAGGAUCUUACUGCACCGUAUCCAGAAGAGAAAGGCAGUGGAGGCUGUGGGAUACAAUGCUAUCUGUCCCAAAGACUUCCAGAUGAAGAGACGCUGGAGCGAGGGAAAUCUGAUAAAACCCUCUGCUGUAUGCAUCAUCAUGUAGAGGGUUGAGGUUGAUAGCCGUGGUGAUAUGGUGUGUCACCGUGUAAAUCAUCCAAUCAGAUUCAAAUAUCAAAUGUUACACUAACGUAUAAGCUUCUUGGUUGUUUUGUUUUCAGGAGGCAGCAGUCAGCAGUUAGCCUAGCCAGCAGUUAUGGAGUCAAACUGCAACCGAAAGGUUUGCCAGAUUGAAUCCCAAUCUACAAUUGUAUAUUAACGGAAAUAUUGUAUAUUAUUUGUAUCUACAGAUUUUUUGGGAGGGUUAUUUGUUAUAUGUCAGGUAUGUUAUUAUUUGCAUUAAAGUACUUUUUUCACAUUAAAGGAAUAUAAUAAGUUA